CUGAACCAGAUACGUCUGGUAGAAUAAUAACAGAAAUUUAAAAAAUUUGGUUUAAAAUAAAGUUAUUUAAUUAAAGGCCAUUCCAUCUGAAUUGUGAAAUAGAAAAAAUUAUCGGUUAUCUCGUUUCGGGAAUGAACCCGAUUCGACGUCAUGGCGUCUACAGUUUCGAAUCAUGAUUGCACAUAACCUAAUUUUAAGAUGCUCUAUAUUUUCAAAAAAUUUUCUAAACUUGCACUUUAUAAAUGAAUAAACAACAAUCCACGAAUUGUAGAACAUAUCGUUACUGAAAGUUUAGGAUACCAGGUUAAAGAUUUUCCAUGGAUAUGUCACUUGUGAACACAGUUGCAAAUUACGUCAACGUGUUGUUGAAUGAAACUGUUUGGUACUUCAAAGAAAUUGCUUGGCAACUUGUCAUCGCUGUGAUUGCUUACUUAUGUGUCUGUAUAUUUUUGUACAUACUUUUGUUAAACGUCAGUCAUAAAGCAUGGCAACUUCCUGGACCACCUGCCAGAGUAUUAUUAGUUAUCGCUCAUCCAGACGACGAAGUUAUGUUCUUUGGCCCAAUGAUAUACUGGAUGAUAAACCAGAGAGAUUGUGAAGUUUACCUGCUUUGCCUGACAAUAGGAGGUGAUAAAAAAAGAAAAGAAGAACUCUGGGCAAGUGCUCGAAUCCUCGGCAUUCCAGAAGCCAAUGUCACCAUUUUAAUGUCUACACAGUUACCUGACGACCCCAAAGUUCAAUGGCCCAAAAAUAUAGUAGCUGAAACUAUACUCCUGCAUGUUGAAAGUUACAGAAUCAACGCGGUUGUAACGUUUGACAAGCGUGGCGUGAGUGGACACAGAAAUCACAUUUCUAUUUUCUACGGGGUGGCUUCCUUGUGCAUGGAAAAUAAAUUGCCUACUUAUUGCAAGAUGUACGUACUAGAGACUGUAAAUAUUCUGCGAAAAUAUACCCUGGUACUGGAUUUACCUAUUAGUUUGUUAUCCACGUCUUAUUGGUAUUUGCUCAGCUUCAAGCAACGAAGAAAUAUACAUGUAGACGGCCAUGAGAGCUCACAAGUCCCAAUACGUUUGGUUCAGAAAAUUGUACAUGGGGUUUUCUCGGUACGCAUUCGUAAAUACCCUCCAAGAAAUCAACUCGCUUGACUUAGAACUGGACAUCGACUUUGACGACGAAUAACAUCGCUUCGAUCAAAAUUUCUAACGAAAUUUACUAUACAUGUGUAUAUUGUAAAUAGCAAAUAAAAUUUGUUCAUGACUA